ACCACAACAAUGACAGACUGACAGUAAAGAAUCUGAAUAUCCAAUUUUCCUCUUUCCCUGCCUUCUAGUUUUCUCUACGUCCCCUCCACUUUUUUUUGGUCUCUCUCUCUCUAUAUAUUGGCGUAUUUCAGCACUGUCGUCUUAGCGCGCUCACAUUUGUUCCCUUCCCUUAAAACAAUUUCCCAUACCUAAUCAACUUUUGAGGAGCUAUUCUCUUUAUACUUGAAUCUUCUCCUAUCGUCCUAUUUGGAUUCUUUUUCACUGUCCCCUGCAUCAUGUAAAUCUGCUAUUCUUCUAUUCUGCUUGAUUUUAUUUGGCGUCGUGCAUUGUGUUCUUUUGAAGUUUCCCAUAAAUAUUUGGACUGAUAUUGUGCCAAUUAGAAAAUGGUGUAUUUUGCUACUAUAAUGGCUUUUUAUGGACUUGCCGCCAUUCCCUAGUACUUUAAUUGUGCAGCUAUUUUAUUGCCACUUUUUUUUUCCCACAACAGAAAUCUCAUCAAAUUGGUAAUUGAUACAAGUCCAACGACUUGAGUUGAUUAAUUGUUAUCUGCCCAAAUGGAAGAGUCAUUUGUCCCAUUUCGUGGAAUCAAGAAUGAUCUACAGGGACGUCUGCUGUGCUACAAGCAAGAUUGGACCAGUGGAAUCAAAGCUGGCUUCAGGAUCUUGGCACCUACAACAUACAUAUUCUUUGCCUCGGCAAUUCCAGUGAUUUCAUUUGGCGAGCAGCUGGAGAGAAAUACUGAUGGAACUCUAACUGCAGUUCAAACACUAGCAUCAACUGCAAUUUGUGGAAUUAUACACUCCAUCAUUGGUGGUCACCCUUUGUUGAUUUUAGGAGUUGCAGAACCUACUGUUAUAAUGUACACAUUCAUGUUUAACUUUGCUAAACAACGUCCUGAACUAGGUCCUGGUCUCUUUCUUGCUUGGACUGGUUGGGUAUGCGUCUGGACUGCAAUUUUACUCUUCUUAUUGGCAAUAUUAGGAGCUUGCUCCAUUAUUAACAGGUUUACCCGUUUGGCUGGUGAACUAUUUGGCAUGCUUAUUGCAAUGCUCUUCAUGCAACAAGCUAUCAAAGGCCUGGUAGAAGAGUUUCGUAUUCCGGAAAGAACCAAUCCUCGUUUAACAGAGUUCAUGCCUUCGUGGAGAUUUGCUAAUGGAAUGUUUGCCUUGGUUCUCUCCUUUGGUCUACUGCUAACUGCUUUGAAAAGUCGAAAAGCAAGGUCAUGGCGAUAUGGAACAGGUUGGCUUCGUAGUCUUAUUGCAGACUAUGGUGUGCCACUUAUGGUUGUGGUCUGGACAGCAGUUUCCUAUAUACCAUCUGAAAGUGUUCCUCAAGGAAUUCCAAGACGCCUCGUCAGCCCAAAUCCGUGGUCACCUGGUGCUUUUGAGAAUUGGACAGUUAUCAAGGACAUGCUAAAAGUGCCAGUUCUCUACAUACUUGGUGCUUUCAUUCCUGCAACAAUGAUUGCGGUGCUUUACUAUUUUGACCACAGUGUGGCGUCUCAACUGGCACAGCAGAAAGAAUUCAAUCUUAGAAAGCCACCUUCUUUCCAUUAUGACUUGCUUCUUUUGGGAUUCCUGACACUAAUGUGCGGCCUUGUUGGUAUCCCUCCAUCAAAUGGUGUGAUCCCACAGUCCCCAAUGCAUACAAAAAGUUUGGCUACUCUUAAACACCAGUUGCUUCGUAACAAACUUGUUGUCACAGCACGCAAAAGUAUGCAGAAAAAUUCAAGCUUGGGACAAUUAUAUGGGAAUAUGCAGGAAGCUUAUCAACAAAUGCAAACUCCUCUGAUCUACCAGGAGCCAUCAGCCAGAGGUCUGAAGGAGUUAAAAGAAUCAACAAUUCAGUUAGCAUCAAGCAUGGGAAACAUUGAUGCUCCAGUGGAUGAAACAGUGUUCGACGUAGAGAAGGAAAUUGAUGAUUUGUUGCCAGUUGAAGUGAAAGAACAGCGCGUCAGUAACUUGCUUCAAGCCACUAUGGUAGGGGGAUGUGUUGCUGCCAUGCCAGUGCUCAGAAUGAUCCCAACCUCAGUGCUAUGGGGAUAUUUCGCUUACAUGGCCAUUGAAAGUUUGCCGGGCAAUCAAUUUUGGGAGAGAAUAUUGCUACUAUUCACUGCACCAAGCAGAAGAUACAAAGUUCUAGAGGAUUAUCACGCCACUUUUGUAGAGACUGUGCCUUUCAAGAGCAUAGUGACAUUCACAAUAUUCCAAACACUAUACUUGCUUGCUUGCUUUGGCAUUACGUGGGUUCCAAUCGCGGGGCUCCUUUUCCCUCUUUUGAUCAUGCUUUUGGUUCCUGUGAGACAAUACAUAUUGCCUAAGUUUUUCAAAGGGGUACACCUUCAAGAUUUAGAUGCAGCAGAUUAUGAAGAGUCGCCAGCUAUACCAUUCAAUCUUCCUACGGAGGGUGAAUUUGGUUCAAGACCUUCCUAUGCAGGAAGUGGGGAAAUUUUAGAUGAGAUGAUUACCAGAAGCAGGGGUGAAGUCAAACGCAUUAACAGUCCGAAGAUCACAAGUUCAACAGCAACUCCAAUAAGAGAUUCCAAGCUCCUUCAAAGCCCACGCGUUCCAGAAAAAGCAUACAGUCCACAGAUUAGCAAACUGAGAAGUCCCCUUUCUGGCGGAAGAGGGCCUUUCAGUCCGAGGACUGGAGAGCCAAAGCCAUCCAAUUUGGGCAUGAGUCCUCGGACAUCAACUUCUAACGACUAAGAGACAUUGACUUCCUGCCCUUAAGCUAGUUUGAUAUGCCUAAAGCUUUGUACUUCCAUUUGAUUGUCUCCUUCUCCUGCAUUUUAAGCGAUGCAUUUGGAAAUGUACCUGUAACAUUAACCGAGUAUUGAUGUCUUAGAAUGAUAAUAGUUGGGAAGUGUUUGUUUGUUCAUAUAUUUUGGAGAUAAUAUUAAUAAUAGCAGCUAAAGUGUAUUUAUCCAUA